AUGUCGACGACAUCAACAGAAGACUUUGAGCGGUCUUGCGACCAGGUGUUUAACAAGUUACAAGAGCUAGCGCAAGAGUUAAAGAGCCAUGAUCAUGAGGAGAUUCAUUUUAAUAUCGAGCAUGCUGCUCAGUAUGUGGAGCAUAACAAAAUCGGCGUGAAGUUCAAGGAGCAGGUUCGUCUUCUGAACGGCGACGUAUCUUACGAGCUCAUUUGCGCCAUCAAUGACUGCAAUACGCACUUGAACGAUUGUAUGAGUAUAUGCAAGCGAAUGGGGACACCAAGCUGGAGUACAGAGCAAGAUUCGCGACUUACCAUGUCAUGGACAUUCGUUUAUGCCAGUCUGAGCAAAGCUGGAUUGAUAUUGAAGCUCAAGCCAUUGGAAGCGCAGGCCUUUUUGGCGUUCAACAGGCAACAGCCGUCCUUUGAACCCCCAGCGAUUAGUCGCCGAGAGUCUUUUAUGAGUAACGCAGGCUCGGAAAACUUUACCAUUGAGGGCCGAGCCGAAAGACGAGAGCGCGCAGAACGGCAACGGCAAGGCCAACGACGGGAACCGAUGCUGGUCACUCCAACAGGAACAAGAUUGAGAACCCAACCGAACCGCACGUCUGCUUCGGUCCGGUCUGUUGCUGCGAGCACGUCAUCAGCUUCCUCUUCGACAGCAUCACUUCGUUUACCCACAAGACCUGCUGUCCCAGAGAGGGAGAAGUGGGUGAUAAACCCUUCGAUAAUCAGUACUCCCAGGACUCCACCACCAGAGUAUACCCCAAUACCAAAGGACACAAGACCAGUAAUACCGCCAGACGAGAAGCCCCCUCUCCCUCCACCAACGCCAUCUAUGCCUUCACCUCAGCCAUCAACGAAGUCUGUCCGAGCCGUUGCUUCGGAACCUCAACUUGCAGCUCCAGGUCCUCCAAGCCACCAUACUCAUUACACUGGGAACGUGUUCCACAUAUACCAAGGAGUCCCAAACACACCACCGCCUCAGGCUUGGCAUACUCCUCGGCAUCUCCCGCAACAACCAGUACCGCGAAUUUGGCCAGUGCCUUUCCAACAGUCAGUUACACAACCAUAUCGACCGCCACGAGUCGCAGCGUAUAGACCAAGUCGGUUAUCGCUUCGUGAGACAGCAGCGCUGCAUCUUACGCCUAUGCCUGGACUGGCGGUCGACAUCAUGAAGCCAGAAGCACGUUGUACUCAUGGAGUUAGGCACUUCAAGGGUCAUCCACCGUGUCAGUGGGGUUGUUGUAAUGCGCGGGGAUGCGGACAGGUCUUUUACUGAUGUAGCA